GAAUGUCCCGUUACGUGGACGUCGGCUUUGACUCCUAUCAUCCAGUCUUCACUGAGAAGUCGAGUGAAGAUGAGACGUUUUCUGACUUACGUGUUGCCAGUCCUCUACGGGACUGUUCUCGUUCUAUCACCACGUGAUACCAGUGAAACAUCAGUUAUCAGUUCUGCCGCGAUAUUCUGUCUCGGUAUUUUACCCAUUGGAUAUGCCGCUGGCCCCAGAUACGUACCAAAAUGGAAGAAACAGGCGUGUGAAAUUCCAGCUGCACAACACCCAAAUUCUCACUACGUGUGCGAUGAAGAUGGCGAGGUGAAAUGCCUACCAGGAUGGACCGGUGACCUCUGCGACGUUCCCCUGUGCCGGAAGGGCUGCGAUCCCCUCCAGGGCUACUGCCGCAGACCCGGUGAAUGUCAUUGCAAAUUUGGCUUCCACGGCGAACACUGCGAGAAGUGUGUGGAGUUACUCGGAUGUCAGCACGGAAGAUGCAACGUGAGUUUCGAGUGCGCUUGUGAUCCUGGCUGGAAGGGUUUGUUCUGCUCGGAGCCCAUAUGCGAUCCAGAUUGCAAUCCGAGUCAAGGAUACUGCGAGAGACCCGGUGAAUGCAGAUGCAGAUUAGGCUGGCAGGGGACCAAGUGCAAACAGUGCGCUGUACUUCCGGGUUGUGUUCAUGGAACAUGUCAGAGGCCACUGGAGUGUCGCUGCGACCCGGGGUGGACGGGUUUUCUCUGCCAAACACCUAUUUGCUCGCACGGCUGCAGCCGGGAGAACGGGGGAUGCAGGAGACCUGGGACUUGCAGAUGCAGGGUCGGUUACACCGGGCCCAAUUGCACGGAGUGUGUGCCGUAUCCAGGGUGCGUUCAUGGUACUUGUCGUCGGCCCUGGGAGUGCAGAUGUCAGCCGGGGUGGGCUGGUGAUCUCUGCGAUGAGAAGUUGACCUUCUGCGAUGGACACGCAGACGUCUGCCGGAACAACGGGACCUGCAUUAGCAUGACGAAGGAGGAUGGCGAUUACAGGUGCAUUUGCCCACUGGGAUACAUGGGUCGGCAGUGUCAAAUUGAGACAGUGGAACCAGCAACCGAUUUGACACCCCCUUUACCCGUGGUGAGGCCCCCAGAAAUGGAAGUUCUCACCGUCAAACCCGACACGUCGGAAAAACCAGUGGUUAACCCUGACCGAGGAUCGGUCACCCCUGAAUACGAUGCUCUAAGGGAUAAGGGAGUAAAUGUAACGACUAUUGAGCCGUUGGGACCUAUUGUGAUCACCGACCCACCGACCACGGUCGAACCACCGGCGACUGCCGGUAAAUGGCCGACAGAAUCGCCAGAAACACCCGUGACCGACAGUGAUGCCGACAAUGAAGCCUGACACCUUCACCAUGAUUUCAAAUAUCAUUUUAUUUAUUUAUUGUCAUUAUUUUCAUUAUUUUAUUCUUCUGCAAGCCAUUAUAGAACAUGUGGUUAAUUUACAUGUGUAGUUGACUGGUAAUAAGACAUUUUUUUUA